UUGACCUAUGACCUCAAAUUAGCUGAGUCAUCACUGUUGAAUUGGACUGUGUCUCUGGUACUCGACUGUGUUCUGUCACUUGUACUUGAUCUCUGCAGUGUAUCUAUGGCGUGCUAUGCUCCGUCCAGUGAGAGCCUGUUGAGACAAACAUCCAGACAGUCAUCAAGUGGAGAUUACAAUUCACAUUGUUUCAGUGUGUUCAGUGAUGAACUGGAGUUUCUACAGAAUGUGUAUUUUGACGACUUAACGUACAAGUCAUGUGACCAGGGUAGCCAUAUCCUCCAGUUCCGGGUCACCCCCAGUACAGGAGAUGACAAGGAGAAACAGUACGUCUACCUGGUGCUCAACAUCACUGUGGCAAAGGAGUACCCUCAUGUCGUUCCUGGGUGCUCGCUAGGGCAGUCUCGUGGUCUCUCAGAUACUCACUUGAAGAGGUACGUAUUGGCUACUUGAUCCUACGAAAUUUGAGAUAGCAUGUACAGCAUUGACCGUGUUACGGGUGCACAACACGUGGGAAACAAUGUUUCAUGAAUUAUGAUCACUGUAAGAUAUUCAGAGCCCCCCUAAAACGUCAUUCUCAUGCCCCCUAAUGGUGAAGAUCAGUUGGAAAAGAAAAAAUACAUUUUUGACUUUUGUGAAGAUAGCUAGAGAUACAAAAAAUUCUUUUUGUCACACUAUGAGAUCUUUAUGUACGUAGAAUGCUUCUAUGACUGGUGUACUACGUUGUAUGGUCUCAAGUGUCAGUUGGAAGUGCAAGUUUUAGUACAACUGUAGUAGAAUCUAUUGCAGACAGCGGUACAUGUACUAUCUAGCCUAGAUUUUACUCAACGUUAGAUACAUAGCCUCUAUUAAACCCCGGCAUAACACGGAUAUAAUUCGAGGUAACUUCCAUUUUCAAUCCCUCUCCCUCUUUAAUCUAUGGUACAAUCAACCCUUUGGCACAUCAGCAGUGGCUGCAAAUAAGAAACAUGAUAUGUUGGACACGUGGGGCCUUCACUCACCUGGCUAACAGUUCUUGUAGUGUAUUACGGAGCAGAGGAGGUGCGAGGCACAUGAAGUUUUUCAUGCCUCGGUCAAAAUUCAAUUGCGUGUUACCAAUGUUAAUAUGCAUGUGUAAAGUGUCUACUAUAUGUGAGUGUCUACUAUAAUUAUGUGUUACUCUGUUACCAAUACACUGGUAUUUCAUUUUAUGUGCAACCAAUAUACAUAAUAUCUAUAGUGCUCAAAUUAAUGAUUGGGGUUAAAGACAUGUAUAGGGUAGCUUCAUUAAUUAUUAGUUAAACAGUUUUCAAUGCGUUUGAGCCUUCACGUUUAGUGCUAGCAUUUCCGACUACUGUGAUAAUAGUCAUUUCCGAGUGCACUCUGUUUGACUUCCUAGUACAAAGCUCUUCUCUCCAGUUCUUUCUCAACCUGGUGUUGAAAUAGAGCAGUGUGAUUGGGUAGGACACUCCCUGUAGACAGCUGAUAAAAGCAAAUGUCACACCUUCUGCGAAAUUGGCCCAGUUUCCAAGGUAAUCUUUCACUCCUGCUAACUUUAAAACUUCAGAAAAUGCUGUGCCAAUCAAAUAACCUAAUAGUCCAUUGCAUAAGAUGAUAAACACCAUCAAAAUAGGCAUUAGCAGAAGUUUUCUGUUCAAGUGUCUGUAUUCUUGGAUUUUUUGCCUGACGGACAUUUUCUUAAAUAGCUGUACAGACCAAACUGAGGUUGCUAUGACUAUGACAGAAGCUGGGAGCAGUGUAGACACAAAAUAUGCUCCUAAAGAUAUGUUUUCAGGAUCACUUGAAUUUAUUAAUGUAGUAUUCUGUAUGCAUAAUGGCUGGCAAGGAUUUGAUGACGCUGGUAGAAGGAUUUGCGGAAUCAGUAGCACUGUGAACCAAAACAUUCCAGCCAGAAAACUUACUCCGAUGCAAGGGAUGAUCCUUCUGUAGCUGUUCCAUUGCUUCUUCCCUCUGAUGAUUUGUAGCUGUAACAAGCUCUGGCAAGUAAUUAUCAGUACAGAAAAAACAGUGGAAAAUGCACCAAACGAAUUGGCUAUGGAAAACGCUAUAAUGUUGCAUGUGCAACUAAGCAAGUCUGGUGAGACUGUUACGGUUAUUAUACAUUGACCAAUCUUGUCCACACAAAGCAUCAAUAACAAAGAACUAUAGAGCACCGUUAGAGGCUUGUUGCCAAGCUUGCUCUUGAUAAAGGCUGUGAAGACAGUGAGAUUCCAGAAUAGUGUCGACGGGAGUAUUACUGCUAAAUAAAGGAUGAUGUCAAUAGCUACGAGUGGUUGCCAAUACGGAAACUCUUGAGUAACAUUGCCAUUAUAGUCAUCGUAAUCUAGAGACUCCAUCUUUAACUGUUAUAAACUGUGAUUAUAUUAAAUUCUUGCUAUUCUCAAUAAAUUAGGUGUCGUUUACCCCUAUUCGGCUGAAGUGCAGGCAUGUCGGACCUCCUCUGGCUUACACUGCCACAUGCACAAGUUAUAUCAUUGUUCCACUCUAUACCGUUGCAAUGCAGGUGCAAGUGCAUGAUAGAGUCUAUAUAGGCUUUGAGCAACUUUUGGGAAUUUUGACCGGUGGAUUUUAAAACUCGCUUAGAGGCCAUUUUGAAGUCUUUUUAUAGUUUCAGUUCAGACUUAGCGUAGCAACUUGCGUAGAAAAAUCUGUAGCUAUUCUACUUAGUAUAGUUGUCUCUGCAGUAGAGCACAGCUAUUACUAUACCCGUGGCCUCCCACGCACGCCUCGGGUAAAUAUAAUAUGAUUAUCACAUAACUUUGAGCACGCAUACAUUAAUUGACUCGAUACAAAAAUAUUUAUCUAUUAAUAUAAUUUUAAGCCAGAUUCUCGUAAGGUCUAUAUGGAUGCACAGACAAAUCACGUUUGCAAGUUUGCCGACCCAACUUCCACUUUGAGUUAUGAUCUGUUGACCAUUGCUGUAAAAUGGGCUUCGUUGAAUUUUGAUACUUGUCUGGUAUUUCUGGUCGAAUGUCAACGACAAUAUUAUGGUAGAUAUCAUGGGUAAGAAGGGUCCGUGGGUAACUGCGAUGCUUUGGGUUUCGUAUUCUAAGACGAGGGUCGAUAACUACCUCUCCAUUAAAUAGGAUAUUGCACCUGAUCAUAGUAAACAAUUGUGAGUACCACCAGCUCACCGAAUCGUAUUUUGGUGUGUAUGGAAGUAUGUGGUCCAUCACUUGAUAGUGAAAGGCGUUAAGAAUAGCAUCCAUGUGGUAUAUUUGUACGUAUACUGUGAGUUCACAAUUCACCCCCUUGGACAAAUUUUCCGUAGAGAAACCCCUAUACUCGUUAUCUAGGGGGAUGAUAACUACAGCUGGUUGAAAGGUCUUGAGAGACUUCUCGUACAUUCUCCAUGGAUUAUGUGCGCUAUUUUUAAUCAUACUUUUCAGUUCAAGAUCAUCGUCCAUGAAAAUGUAGUACAUGUACUUUUCUUUCCUUUCUUUGGCUGCUUCGUAAAGCAAGUUUCUUCCAACAGUCCAGGUUGUAGACUUACUAGAGUUGAAUAUGUAUUGGACGUGACGCAAUGAUGUGUCAGCGCACUUCUGUUUGUAACUCAAGAUGAUUACAUCACACUGACAAGCGUCAGAGUCUCCAAUCACUUCGGGAGACUUUAAAUAAGUUGGUAUACAGUUCUCUGUUUGCGUUAGAUAGAGAAACCGAGCCGAUGCUAUUUCAAUUGUAAACGGCGUUAAGGGCUUAUACGUCAAGGGUUUUAUAUAAGCCCUUGAGAAAUACGGUAGCACAACCAUAGAAAUGCCAAGCAAAACCAGGAAUAAUAACAUCACCUUACCGAAAAGGGUUCGAUUGGCCAUCAUUUAGUUGAUUUACUGUUGUUGAGUUUUUUCUUUUAUAAAUGUAGCCUCGUUCCCAGGCCUUCUUUUUCUUGCUGAUGUAGUCGAGUUAGAGCCAUGCAGCGAUCAAUGUUCCAUGCGUCGCCAAUCAAUAAUCACAUGAAAUUGCGUCUACACGCAGUACAGGAGACUGAGUUGUAAAACAGAUGUGGAGAGCUGGGUCCCACCAAAACUAUCGAGAUAUUCGAUGAAAAUGAUUGCCUAGUAGAACUGCUACAACUUGAUUCUAAUACCAGAACUACUCUAGUAGUUCAGAGUAUCCAACCAUAAUUAUGGCAGUUGUAAGUAUCUGUCCUGACUUGAACUCUGAAACUCAUUUCAUGUUUACUUCAUAGUUAUUACACCAUUCUCGUGUAUGCAUGCGUAUAAUUAGAAAUGAAAGUGAAUAUUGAAUGAUUACACAAGACAAAACACGUAAAUAAAGUGAAUCUAGUAAAUCUACAAAACAAAGCAAAAAAAACAGGAAACUAAUACUAUAAUUAGAGUAAAUAAGUAAGUCUUUAGGUUAGAUUAAAAAUACUAUAUGAACAACAGUAUAUAGGCAAUUGUAGCGGGUAACGAGUUCCACAGGAAAACACUAUUAACAAAAAAACUAGUGUAUUUACAAACUAAGGAAAGACUAUGAGAAUGAAUAUGUAGGAGUAAAAAUCCGAAAAUUAAAGGCAAUCCAUUAUCUUAUACGUCUGACAACAGAUUAGAAUUAACUCAUGACAUUUAGCUGGAGGGAGCCAGUUGAGAUUUUGUCUACACUCCUCAGGAAGAAAACUAGACAGGUGGGAGCCCGUACGUUAGAGUACGUAUGUACAAUAGAAGCAAUGUCAGUAGCUUCCAGUUUGAAUGGCUACGCAAAUUGAAGGAUUCUGUAUUCGUCCAAUUUAACUGUAGAGAGUACACAUUUAUCAUAUCACUUCCUCUUUGUAGCUCGAGUGCCCCGUAUGUCGUGUAUAUCUAUAGACACAUCAACCUUGAGCUUUGACCCCUCUAAAACAAUGGCAACUCCAGUGAAAGGCGUUACAUUUCAACCGUUACCCAAAUUGAGAGCAUGGCAAAAUAAAAUGGAGGCAUUACUAUUGAAACAGCGGCGGAAAGGUGGAGUGAUUGACACGAGUCAAUCUGAUGUCAUUGAUGGAACAUGGGUGAGUACUGUUUCCACCAAUAGCAAAUGGACCAAUCUAUAAUUUCUAAAUGUAAAAGCGCUGAAGACAUCAAAAAAUCUGAAGUGCAAAUACGCAUGGCAUUUUCUUUUUCGAUUCUCAUUAAUGUUCUGUAAAUCUCCUCUCGCCUUCUUUAAUUUCUAGUAUGUGUGUGUGUACGUUUCUUUUGUUCACUGUGACGUUUCAAUUAUCAGAUAUCAGUACUUGCUUAGCAACACCGUAUACGUACGUAUUCUGUACCCAGCACAGCUACAUCUAACUGCUGUGUUAAAAAGGUGUGUUGCGUAAUAAUUAUCCUACUGUUAAUUAUGUGUUUUAUUUGGUGCAGUUACAGGCACUGUCAGUUUACUGUUUUUGUAUGUAUACCAUUUUUGAUGUCAGGAAUGAUGAUGUUUGAUUCAGCUGCGUCUUUGGCGGCUGCACAUGUA